GUUAAAGUAGCAGCAGCAGCAGCAGCAGCAGUCUCGUAUGUGGAUUCCUGGCUGUAGGACAGCACCAUCACCAGCAGCAGCAGCAGCAGCAGCAGCAGCAGCAGCAGCAUCCCCAGGAGGAGAAAGAGGAGGUUACAGACCAUCCCAGACCAAACUGCUCCAGCGUCAUGGUCUCUGUGACAGCCGUCGCUUGUCUGUCCCUGUCCCUGUCCCUGUGCCUGUCCCUGCUGGCGGGACCGUCGCUCCAGGUGGACGUGAAAAGUGGCAAAGAUGCGGGGAAAGCCGGCAAUUUUAUCGGAGAUGAGCAAUGGCUGUCAACCAUUUCCCAGUACAGUCGUAAGCUGAAGCACUGGAAUCGCUUCAGAGACGAAGUCGAGGAUGACUACAUCAAAAACACAGAGGAGAGCGUGGCCUCAGAUGAAAACAUGGACACAACCAAGGACCCCUGUCAGAAUGUGAAGUGCAGCCGCCAUAAGGUGUGCGUCGCUCAAGGCUACCAGAGAGCCAUGUGUGUCAAUCGCAAGAAACUUGAGCACAGAGUCAAACAGUCAGAACGUGUGGAGACUCCAACCAACUGUAAGCCAUGUCCAGUGGCAGCGUCCUCACCUGUUUGUGGCUCUGAUGGACACAACUACGCCUCUCAGUGUAAGCUGGAGCAGCAGGCCUGUCUCACAGGCAAAGACCUGAGUGUCAUGUGUAGUGGUUUUUGUCCCUGUGCCACUGCUGCUGUUACCCUCUCAAAUACUGACACCAAACGUGAAAGCUGCACCGGCCAAGACCUGGCAGACCUGGGUGAUCGCCUCAGAGACUGGUUCCAACUCCUCCAUGGAAACGCAAAGAGAAAUAACUCUGGCAAGUUUGGAGCUGGCGCCACUUCAGUGCUGGACAAGAGCCUGGUUGCUAGUUGCAAGGACUCCAUUGGCUGGAUGUUCUCGAAGCUGGACACCAACAGUGACCUGUACUUGGACCAAGCUGAGCUAGCUGCUAUAAACCUGGAGAAAUAUGAGAUCUGCAUCAGACCCUUCUUUAACUCCUGUGACAGCUACAAAGACGGAAAGGUCUCCACUGCCGAGUGGUGUCUCUGCUUCUGGAGAGAAAAGCCGCCAUGCCUCGCUGAGCUGGAGAGGAUCCAGGUGCAGGAGGCAGCCAAGAAGAAGCCUGGAAUGUACAUCCCCAGCUGCGAUGAGGACGGCUACUACAAGAAGGUGCAGUGUGACCAGAGCCAGAGGGAGUGUUGGUGUGUGGACCAGCAUGGAGGAGAGAUGAUGGGCACCAGGAUUCAUGGCAACCCCGACUGUGAUGAAGUUGCUGAAUAUUCCGGAGACGGAGGAAGCGGUGUGGGAUGGGAGGACGAAGAGGAGAAAGAGGACAAUGGCGAGGAAGCAGAGGAGGAGGAAGAGGAAGAGGGCGAGGCAGACGACGGAGGAUACAUCUGGUAGAAGUGUCUGACCUCACACGGAGAGCCGAGUGCUGCUGCUGGCCUGAAAAAUCUACGCCGAUGGCUCUUUUCCCCGACACUGGACUGAAGAGGCAUGGAAUUCUGUAGUUUCCUCAUGGGACGUGUGACAGCGGGCAGGUCCACCGAUGAGUUCAUGACCACUUUUUGUCUUAGAUAGGUGUAUUUGCUUCAUUCUCCUCAGUUUUUUUUUUUUGAGCAACAGAGAUUUUUUCUUUCGCCGUCCUGAAGAGCAGGAUCCACCGACUGCUGCAGCGUAGGUAGCUGAAGUCCAUCAGAGCGUCCAAACAACAUCUAUGCAUUUAGAGAUUACCAGUAAUUUUGUAUCGUGUCACCAACUGCUUGAGUAUUAGAGCUGCCGUACUACUGGACUGACCAGAGAACAGAGUUUAAAGUAACUGUUUGGUAUUUUGUGAGGUGUGAGUGUUUUUGGCUUUUUUGCUGAGGCCUCCAGUAUAAAGGAGCAUCAGCAUCACUCAUGUCACAACACCUGAAUAUUGUAUGAGUCUUAAUAGGAGGCAGACGUGAGUGGAAGUUGUUUCCUAGACAGGCAGAGUAGACUUCUGCUCCAACAUAUGGCCACAGCCUCAUCAUGAAGGGUUUGAACUUUUACAUCCAGCCUGAUUUCUUUGGUUUUGGUGCUUGUAGUUGUUGUGUUAUGACCUGGGCUGGAUUAGGGCCAAAACAUGUGAAUAUGAUGAUCCAGAAGAUAGAAACAAGAGUCUGAUAAUGAUUUUAAAAAAAAAACUAAACAUUGCAUGUUAGCAAACAUUAUUAUAUAGAUAUUAAAAACUGCCAUGUGUUAAGUGCCCAGAAUUAGGUUUUUUUGUUGUCAUUCGCCAAAAAAAUAUAUAUAUAUUUAAAAAAAAGAUUUUAAAUGUUGAAAAAUCCAGCAAAAUCUCAAACCUUUACUUUAAAGAGUUCACUGCAGUUCAUCAACUGUUUCUACACUGUCUGUACAUACGCCCUGUGGUAUAUUAGCUGUGAAGAAUUAGGCAGAAUGGAAAAUAAUUUCAUAAAAGGUCAUAAGGUCACUCUUUCUGCUGAAACUGCACCCAAACUCACAGCAGUUCUAGUACUACUGCGUUAGAAUGAGUUCCUCAUCUCUACACCACCUACUGUAUAUUUCCAUGUUGGUUAUAUUUAAUUAGAAAUCUACGUAGAAGAGAAUUAUCUGUGGAUAUUUUUUCCUCUUCUUUAUUCCAUGGUUGCAAAUUGAAACAAAAUAUUGACCUUUGUGUUCAUUUAAAAGAAAAUCGUGCAGUACUUGAAGUUCUGUGUAUUUACUUGAACCCACAAUGUAUUGUUUUCUUCUUUUCUAUGCGAUUACCGUUGCUGUGUCAUCAUCCAUGCUAUUGAUAGGCCAGACUUCUGGUUGUUUUUACUAUUGCAUGUUAGUAUAUACGUAUGAAUGUACAUCUAGGCUGAGCACUUUACUAAUAAAGGCACUGGAGCCCG